UUGUGUCAACAGGCCUUUGCAUUUUUCAGCUGGAGUUCAUUUUGGAGGAUUAUUAGUCUAGUACUAGUCAAGAUGACAGUUAGAACUCCUGGUACUCCAGCUUCAAAGAUAGAACGGACUCCAGCAACCACGCCAAGUGGACAUCGACCUAAAGAGGAGAAAAUUGUUGUAACAGUAAGAUUAAGGCCUUUGAACAAAAGGGAGCUUUCAGCCAAGGACCAUGCUGCAUGGGAAUGCAUUGAUGAUCACACAAUUAUUUAUAGAUCACUGCCUCAGGAACGUGCUGCUCAACCAGCUUCAUUCACAUUUGAUAAAGUCUUCGGUCCAGAUAGUAUAACUGAAGCCGUGUAUGAGGAAGGAGUAAAGAAUGUGGCUUUAUCCUCUUUGAUGGGAAUAAAUGCAACCAUAUUUGCAUAUGGACAAACCAGCAGUGGGAAGACUUACACAAUGCGAGGAAUUACUGAGAAAGCUGUCAACGACAUAUAUUCCCAUAUAAUGAGUACCCCAGAAAGAGAAUUCAGAAUAAGAAUAUCUGGACUGGAGAUCUACAAUGAAAAUGUCAGGGACCUAUUGAAUUCUGAAUCUGGUCGAAAUCUCAAGCUUCUUGAUGAUCCAGAGAAAGGAACUGUCGUUGAGAAAUUGGUGGAAGAAACAGCAAGCAAUGACCAGCAUCUGAGGCAUUUAAUUAGUAUCUGUGAGGCUCAGAGGCAAGUCGGUGAAACAGCCUUAAACGAUACGAGCUCACGAUCCCACCAGAUAAUAAGACUGACAAUAGAAAGCACUCAUCGUGAAAGUUCUGAUUGCGUGAGGUCUUAUGUAGCAAGCUUGAACUUUGUUGAUUUGGCUGGGAGCGAAAGAGCCUCACAGACAAAUGCAGAUGGUGCCAGGCUUAGGGAAGGCUGCCAUAUCAAUCUCAGUUUGAUGACUCUAACAACCGUAAUUAGAAAGCUCAGUGUGGGCAAAAGAAGUGGUCAUGUACCCUACCGGGACUCAAAACUGACAAGAAUAUUGCAACAUUCACUUGGUGGAAAUGCCCGUACUGCGAUAAUAUGCACGCUUAGCCCUGCAUCAAGUCACGUUGAACAAUCUCGCAACACUCUCUUUUUUGCUACCCGAGCAAAGGAAGUCACAAACAAUGCACAAGUGAACAUGGUUGUUUCCGACAAACAGCUUGUCAAGCAUUUGCAGAAGGAAGUAGCCAGAUUGGAAGCAGAGCUGCGCACCCCAGAGCCAGCUAAUGAGAAAGAUUGGAAAAUUCAACAGAUGGAAAUGGAAAUUGAGGAUCUGAAGCGUCAAAGGGAUCUUGCACAGUCACAAGUUGACGAGUUACGCAGAAAGCUUCGGGAGGAACAGGGACUGAAACCAUCUGAAUCUGUUAGUCCAAUUGUGAAGAAAUGUCUCUCAUUCUCUGGCACCUUAUCUCCAAACCUUGAAGAAAAAGCACCUGUCCGUGGUGAAAGAACAAGAAACACAAUGGGAAGGCAGUCAAUGAGGCAAUCUUUGGCUGCCCCUUUUACACUCAUGCAUGAAAUUCGUAAACUCGAACAUCUCCAGGAGCAGCUCGGAGAUGAAGCAAAUCGAGCAUUGGAAGUACUGCAAAAGGAAGUUGCAUGUCAUAGGCUAGGUAACCAGGAUGCUGCAGAAACUAUUGCUAAGUUGCAAGCAGAGAUCAGAGAAAUGCGUUCAGUACCGCCAGUCCGCAAGGAAGUUGAAGUUGGAAAUGUCGUUGCUGUUAAUAAGAGUGUCAGUGCCAACCUGAAGGACGAGAUAGCCAGACUUCACUCACAAGGAAGCACAAUUGCUGAUCUUGAAGAACAGCUAGAAAAUGUUCAGAAAUCAUUGGACAAACUGGUUAUGUCUCUUCCAAGCAAUAAUGAUCAACAGUCAAACAAUGACACCACACAAAAGGCAAAGCAUCCAUCAAAAAAGAAGAAGUUGCUCCCAUUGGCCUCGAGCAACAGUAUCAACAGGCAAAAUUUCUUGAAAUCUCCUUGUUCUCCUCUGUCAACAGCACGACAAGUACUGGAUUGUGAGAUUGAAAAUCGAGCUCCAGAUUCGGAUGAUUUGUCCUGUGAAAUUCAGCCUAUGCAUGAAAAUGAGACUCCUACGAAAAGUGAUGGAGGAGAUAUUUCAUCAAAGGAAGGCACUCCAUAUCGCCGUUCCAGUUCUGUAAACAUGAGAAAGAUGCAGAAGAUGUUUCAGGAGGCAGCAGAAGAGAACGUCAGAAACAUAAGAUCGUAUGUGACAGAACUUAAAGAACGGGUGGCCAAACUUCAAUACCAAAAGCAGCUCCUUGUAUGCCAGGUGCUUGAGCUGGAAGCAAAUGAAGCAGCUGGAUACAAUUUAGAAGAUGAUGAAAACAUUCAUCAGAUACCAGAAGAGUCCCCAGUUUCAUGGCAGAUCACAUUUAAGGAACAGAGGCAGCAAAUUAUUGACUUAUGGGAUGUUUGCUACGUCUCCAUUAUUCACAGGUCACAGUUCUACCUGUUAUUCAAGGGAGACCCUGCCGAUGAAAUAUAUCUGGAAGUUGAACUCAGGCGCUUGACAUGGUUACAACAGCACCUGGCAGAGCUUGGAAAUGCAACCCCGGCCCGUGUUGGAAAUGAGCCAACAGUCUCUUUGUCAUCAAGCAUUAGAGCUAUAAAGAGGGAAAGGGAAUUCCUUGCCAAGAGAUUGACAACCCGCCUGACAGCUGAAGAAAGAGAUUAUCUAUACAUAAAAUGGGAAGUUCCUUUGGAGGGAAAACAGAGAAGAAUGCAAUUUAUUAACAAGCUUUGGACAAAUCCGCAUGAUGAAAAGCACGUAAAAGAGAGUGCUGAGAUAGUGGCAAAGCUCGUAGGUUUCUGCGAAGGAGGUAACAUGUCAAGAGAGAUGUUUGAGCUUAACUUUGUCCUUCCAUCAGAUAGGAGGCCAUGGUUCGCUGGCUGGAACCAAAUUUCCGACCUUCUCCAUAUCUGAGAGAAGCUUAGAUUCUUUUUGUAAGUAAAUUAAUUGUAUCGCGUGUUGUUUUUCAUGUACAUGAAACUCUGGAGCCUCCCAAUUUUGGAGCCUCCCAAGUUGUUCCAUUACAACUGAUUAAAUUUAGAGCAGUAUGGAAGAUUGGAAUUUGACAUCACAUCAUGCAACUUCAUUGUCUGAAUAAAGAAUUCAAUUGAAAUUG